GCUUUUGAAAGGGCUCAGAUGCACAUAUACUAACCAAUCGGUUAAUCUUCUCAAGCAUAUAUCCUAAUAAAAAUUUUGCCGCGACGAUGAAGAUAGUGCUCAAGGUGCCGAUCACCUGCAAGAAAUGCAAAUCCUGCAUCCUGCAGACCGUCUCAAGGACCAAAGGGAUCAAGUCGCUGACGUACGACGACGAGAAGAGCACGCUGACGGUGAUCGGGGAGGUGGACGUGGUGGUGAUCGUGGACAAGCUCCGGCACCCCAAGUCCGGGAAGGGGAAGGAGAAGAGGGAGGGGUACAUGGUGGAGGUGAUGUCGGUGAGCGACGAGAAGAAGGAGGCGGAGGAGAAGAAGAAGAAGGACGAGGAGGAGAAGAAGAAGAAGGAGAAGGAGGAGGAGGAGAAGAAGAAGAAGUGCGCCGAGAUCAAGAAGUGCGUUGAGCUGCAGCAGCAGUGCUGCAAGGCGUGCCAGCCGUACUACAUCGCCGUCGACGACCACCCCGGCUACCCCUGCACCAUCGUCUGAUCAGUCACAGUGCUGUCGCUGUCGCUGCAGAUCUGAUGCUGCUACAGAUUCAGCCUAGCCACACUCAGGCUCUGCAAGUUCGUGUGUAAAUUGUUUUUCAUCGGUUGCAAAGAUUCAGCUUUUGAUUCGCGUUUCUUUGUCCGGAUCCUUUGCUCCUCCUUGCCGCCUUCAUUUAUGCUGGGGUACGCAGCCAUGGAAAUGCGAUUGUGAAUCCCCAUGUCUCUGCAAGAAACGGCUAGGAUAUCUUAUUCAGAAUUCAGCGGCCAAGGUUAAGAUCCUCUCUUUGCCAAUAGCAAAAAAAGAAGAUGAUAUUAAGAGGCCUCUU